AAUAGGUUUAUAUUUGACAAAAAUGUAUACCCUAUUAUAUAUUAUUGUGCUAUUCACAAUAGCGCUUAAAUCAGUGAAUACAUCAGGGCAUAAGGACUUUUUUAAAAAGCCCCCAUUCAAAGAUUUCUACGGAAAACUAGACGCGAAUAUCAGGGUUGGCGACGCAGGUGAGCCGCUCAUAUUGACAGAUCUUAUCAAAAAUGGCGAUAUUAUAUGGGCCAAGGAAAAAGCUAAAGUGACAGAUUUUAUGCCAGAAGUUAGCAGUUAUGCUGGAUAUUUCAGGGUUGACGAAACUUAUAAUUCAAAUUUGUUCUUCUGGUUCUUUCCGUCUCAGAACGAUCCUGCAAAUGAUCCAGUUAUCCUUUGGUUACAGGGAGGCCCAGGUGCCACUUCUAUGUUUGGGUUGUUUCAGGAACAUGGCCCGUUUGAGUUUAAUGAAAAAGGUGAGCUUGGCCUAAGAAAUACAUCUUGGAACCUUCAACAUUCGGUCAUUUACAUCGAUCAACCAGCUGGUACCGGCUGGAGCUUUACUAAUAAAGGAUACGCCCAAAACCAAACCAAAGUAGGCGAUGAUCUCUACUCAGCUCUUGUUCAAUUCUUCACUUUAUUUGACGAAUACCAGAGUCAUCCCUUCAUAAUCACUGGGGAAUCCUAUGCUGGCAAGUACAUUCCAGCCAUUGCCCAUGCUAUUGACAAAUAUAAUCCUUCAGCUUCAGUACGCAUUAACCUCCAAGGAUUGGCAAUUGGCAAUGGUUUGACUGAUCCCAAGUAUCAAGUCAAGUAUGCGGAUUAUUUGUAUAAACAUGGCCUGGUGGAUUUGAAUACGAAGAAUAAUCUGGAGAAGACAGAAAAUCAAAUAAUUGAUUACAUACUUCAGGAGGAAUACCAUCUAGCUGCAAAUUAUAUAAAUUUUGAUUUGAAUGACAUUGGAGUAGAUUGUGGCUUGGAUAUUUACAAUUAUCUUACUCUAGUAUCAGAUGACAGAGCGCAAGAAUAUAUGGAACAGUUAUUUCAAAGAGAAGACUUACGAAAAGCUAUUCACGUGGGUAAUACUGAAUUUGAUGACAAAAACGUUUACUCGAAUUUGUCCAAUGAUAUCCCAGUCUCUCAAGCCCAUUUAGUAGCUGACCUUCUUAGCAAAUACAGAGUUUUAAUAUAUAAUGGACAGCUAGAUAUUAUAGUUGCUUAUCCAAUGACUAUUGACUAUUUGCAAAAUCUUAAAUUUGAUGCCUCGGAGGUUUACGCUAAGGCCGUAAGGCAAAUUUGGCAGACAAAAAUUGGUGAAGACAAUGUUAUAGCAGGGUAUGUCAAGACAGCAGGCAAUUUAACAGAGAUUAUGGUAAGGAGUGCUGGGCAUAUGGUACCGACCAAUCAACCACAGUUUGCAUUGGAAAUGAUAAACAAAUUUGCCAGAAAUAAACCAAUUGUUAAUUAAUUGUGUAAUUAUAGCUAAAUAAAUUCAGUUUGAAAUGAAA